AUGGUAGCACAUCACUUUAUUCUUUCAUGCAUGCAGAACUACGUGGCAACUUGCUCCACAUGGUACUGGGUUUUGACUGUCCUCCAGCUAGCCCUACCAGUUGGAGUGUCCAUGUACCAGGCAGCAGGUUUGGUGCAAGGGAAGAGGGCGCUAUCAUCAAGAGCAAACAAUCAAACCAGCCCGAAAGCUCAUCAGAUAUUAGUAUACUGCUUGUUUGGUGUCACCGCCGGUGUCCUUGCCGGUCUGCUUGGGGUCGGUGGGGGCGUCGUCAUGGGACCUCUCUUCCUGGAGCUCGGUAUCCAUCCUCAGGUCUCGAGUGCGACGGGCAGCUUUGCGAUGAUGUUCUCAUCUUCCAUGGCGGCCAUGGAAUACUACCUCCUGAAACGGUUCCCUGUACCGUACGCUCUCUUCUUCACUAGCCUGACAUUUGUUGCCGCGAUUGUUGGCCAGCGGGUCGCAAGGAAACUGGUCAAUUGGCUAGGGCGGGCAUCAUUUAUCAUCUUCAUAUUGUCCUCCAUGAUCUUCGUCAGCGCGAUUUCUCUAGAUGCCAAGUUAAACCACAUGGCCAGGAGAUAA